CUUCUUGGACGCGACGGCAGCUGGUCGUGAGCUCAGUGCGAAUUGCGUUCUCGAAGCGAGCGGCGGCAAGAAGCGUUCUCCGGGCUAUCGACUACGGGUUGUGUUUGUUUUCGUUUUUUUUCUCGUGCUCCUGUUCUCGUUCCGGCAAGUUGAAAGCCAAACAAGCAGAUCCCAGACCAGGCACUAGAACUAAGUUGGCUAAGACGAUACUCUCUGGCAGAUCUUAACGCAAACCUCCAGCACAGCUAGUCGACACGAAGCAGGUGCCCCUUCCCAGACUACCGCCCACCGCCGCCCCCCACAACGCAGGGAUGACCGCACCAUCUUCAGACCCAGCUCCGGCUGCCGGCCCAGCCGCCGCGGAGAACAAGGCGGUCGCAACCUCUGGCACCGUUGCCGUCGCGCCAAUUUCGCACGCAAAGAGGGCCCUCUUCCAGGUGAUGGCCGGAGGCUCCGCCGGCUUCCUGGAGGUCUGCAUCAUGCAGCCCCUGGACGUGGUCAAGACCCGGAUCCAGAUCCAGGCCACGCCCGCAGCAGCCGCUACGGCGGUGGGUGAGCUGCACUACAAUGGCGUGUUCGACUGCUUCGCCAAGAUGUACCGGAACGAGGGAAUCUCCUCGUACUGGAAGGGCAUCCUGCCGCCAAUCCUGGCCGAGACGCCAAAGCGGGCCAUCAAGUUCCUGGUUUUUGAGCAGACGAAGCCAAUGUUCCAGUUCGGCUCGCCCACUCCCACGCCACUGACCUUCUCGCUGGCGGGGCUCACAGCCGGCACCUUGGAGGCCAUCGCCGUCAACCCAUUCGAGGUGGUCAAGGUCGCCCAGCAGGCGGACCGGCAGAAGAAGCUGCUGAGCACAUUCGAGGUGGCCAAGGGCAUCAUCAAGAACGACGGCCUGGGACUGCGGGGCCUCAACAAGGGUCUCACGGCCACCAUGGGUCGCAACGGAGUCUUCAACAUGGUCUACUUCGGGUUCUACCACAGCGUGAAGAACGUGGUGCCGGAAUACAAGGACGGCACCCUGGAGUUCCUGCGCAAGGUGACUAUCGGCUUCCUAGCCGGCACGUUUGCCUGCUUCGUAAACAUCCCCUUCGACGUGGCCAAGUCGCGCAUCCAGGGACCCCAGCCCCAGCCGGGAAAAGUGAAAUACCGCGGCACCUUCAGCUCAAUGGCCAUUGUCUACCGCGAGGAAGGAUUCCGGGCUCUCUACAAGGGACUCGUGCCCAAGAUUAUGCGCUUGGGUCCUGGCGGCGCCAUCCUGCUGCUGGUCUUCGAAUACUCCUACGGAUAUCUGCUAAACAAUUAUUCCUAGUUCUUCCGGCCCCGCCCGCCGGUCCUAAUCAAGUUAUAAGACAUGUCAUUCUGUUGUUUUGCUUCUUUGUUCUGUAUAUGUAUGUCCCUAGUUCCUAAAGUUUCGAGUCUAGGCUACAUUUACACGUAAGACUGUAUUGUGAGGAGAAAAUGUUAAGAAAAAAUAUUUUGUGCUAAAAUAUAUGAAUUUUCCGAGUUUUCCCGGA